AUGUUCCUACCGACAUUUACACCGAAGACUAUUGAAGAUGUUCUUACAUUAGCAUUGACCACAAGAGCUGAUGGUGGUACAGCAAAUGCUGCUGGUCUCGUAUCAUAUUAUAAUAAUAAAGAGGUGAUUAAAACAUUUGUUAUGGUGACUGAUGACGAAGAAAAUACAGAUGCUCAAAUAGUUGAUGGUACAUCAACACGAUUCUUUGAGUUAUUUAUGAAAUAUCGUGCAGAAAUUUAUCCAGCUAAACUAGUAUUUAUUUCAUUUCUUCCUGAUCAACAUGCUCAAGGUCAGAUGUCUUCAGAAUUUCAAAAUGCAAAUAUACCAGAUGUAAUUCAAUUUAUAUUCAGUCGAUAUCGUCCAGAUUUGACGAAAAUUGAUAAUCUCUUAGGUUUAUUAUCGACUGGCUCGUCAGAAUCAUUUGAUGAUCAAGUAGGAAAAUUACAAAAUGAAUUUCAACAGAAAGAUAUUGAAUCAGUCAUAACGAAUUUACUUAAUAAACAAAAGGAAUAUUCUCUUCCAAUAGAAGCAGAAAUGACUGUGACAACAUCGAACUAA